AUGGACUCGGACGACAAUGACUUCGAGUGGACCGUCGGGAAUGAGGACGAGUUCUGGGAAGAACUCGACGACAUCGUCGACAGCCCUCACGAGACGAACGAACUCAUCGACGAUGCGCUGCGGAACUUCUUGGCUUUUGUGACCAAGUUCAGGCAGGAAUACCUCCAGUCGGAGUAUGAUAUUGCAAGAUGUUGCUAUAAGCUGUUGGACUCGGAGCUGUUCAAGAGUAAUCAGGAUUAUGUGAGGAGGCAGAUCUUGUAUUGCUUGCUGCAAGAGGAUGAUGUGGAUACACUACACUUGGUAGCAGCGGUGCUGCUGUUCGAUGGACGGGGUAAUGAGGUCGCGUAUGAGAUGAUGCAGAAGGAGGGGGCUUUCCCACGGCUGGUGGAACUGAUAAGAGCAAGGAGAGACGACGAUGUGGGAUUGCAUAGACUGCUGCUGGAAGUCGUCUUUGAGACGAGUCGGAUCCAGAAAUUAACACGCGGAGACCUGACAGUGGUGGAUGAUGCCUUCAUCCUCUACCUCUUCCAGCUCAUCGAAGAGCUCUCCGACGACGCAGACGAUCCCUACCACUACCCCAUCAUCCGCGUCCUGCUGGUCCUCAAUGAGCAAUACAUGUGCCUCGCCAACGAGCCUUCCUCCCCCGGCACUGGACCCGUCACGAACCGCAUCCUCAAACUCCUCAGCCUCCAUGGCCCAUCGUACAUGACAUUUGGCGAGAACCUCAUCCUCCUCCUCAAUCGCGAAUCGGAACUCGGGUCUCAACUUCUAAUCCUCAAACUGCUCUACCUCCUCUUCACGACUCCCAGUACGUACGAGUAUUUCUACACCAACGAUCUGCAUGUCCUGGUAGACGUCAUAAUCCGCAACCUUCUGGACCUCGACCCCGGCUCCGGAGCCGGCAACGACGAAGAACGAGAUGGAGGCAGAGCGCUGCGACAUACCUAUCUCCGAGUCCUGUGCCCACUCCUCAAGAACACUCAACUCGCGCGCGAAGGUAACAACUACAAGCGCGAGGAAUUGCGGAAAUUGCUCUACCUCCUUGUCAAUAGAUCUUCGGCACAUUUUGCACCUGUGGACGAAACGGUGGUACGGCUAGUUUUGAGGUGUAAGCAGAUCGAUUGGCUCAAAGAGGAAGGCGACGAACAAGAAGAUAAUGAGCUGGAGGAGAGGCUGAAAGAAGUGGCGCCGACGGAUGGAGCUGUGGCGAAGAAGUUAUUGGGGAUGAGUGUGGAGGAGGCUGGGGUCAGUACGUUAAGUGUGACGGAUGUGUCAGCGAAGGUUACGAAGCAGAAGCCGAGUGUGCCGGCGCCGAGAAGAGGCAGGAAAGGUAGCAAGGCUGUCACGAACGGGACAGCUACGCCUAUGAAUGGGAGUGGAACGUUGGAGGUGCCGACGAGGAUGGCUGUGGCUGUUGGUGGAGGCGACAUUGAAAGGGGCGAUACGAGGAGUCCUUUUGCUGACGAGAAUGCGGUGACUUGA